AUGAUUUAUCAGAUCCGAGUUCGCCAACUGAUCUGGGGAUAUUCGGAAUUUGAAGGGGCUAUUUCAGUUAUAGUCAUUCUCUACGGUGCGGUGGUAUGGGACCCUUGCCUUAUUGUAGCCCAAAUUGUGUACCUUCAAUGUUUAUACUACCUUACUCUUGGAGUCUUCGUUUCCUUUCUUGUCGGCACUCGCGUUUAUCGUGUGAGUUUGGUUUUCUUUGACUUUGCUACUGUUACUACCUCUACCGUUACCAGCUGGUGUGUCAUUGCUUCAUUUCUGCUCAGCUCUAUUGCAGGGGCUGUGUACAUGCUUUAUUUGAUUGAAAGGGCAAAAAAGUGCUUAGAUUUUUCAGCCACCCUAUAUAUUAUCCAUCUUUUUAUAUGCAUCAUAUAUGGAGGUUGGCCUUCCUCAAUAACAUGGUGGGUUGUGAAUGGUACUGGAGUUGCAGUGAUGGCUUUUCUAGGUGAACAUCUAUGCAUUAAACGGGAACUGAGAGAGAUUCCCUUAGCACGAUACUGAUCGAGUAAGAAAUAAUUCCUCUAUGUGCUAAAGUGACUUAAGAAAAUUGUAAUGUGAAAUAAAUAAUUUUUUCUUUAUUAUUCUGUUGUCUGUCUUUUCUUUUGGGACUUUGGUUCCAGUAGAAUUGUCAAUGCUGGCUUUCCAACUUAUUCUUUCUUGAAUUUGUGGGAUUGCUAUUUAUUGUCCUGCCCUUCAUAAGAUAUUCUGUUUGAUGGUUGGUAUGCACAAUAAAUUGUGCAUUUUACUUGUUUUUCUUAUGCUCAACGGGAGUAUGAUGAUUUUCAACAUCAACUUCAUCAAUGGAUUGGUGCUAAUUUAUGUCAUUUGUCUUUUUGGACGUUGGUUGUCUGGUGCAGCAGUAGUCUCUUGUUCUGCCAGUCAUUUCCUUCUUGAGUGGGCUGUUUAGGCUUGCAGCACUAGUUUCUUCCAUAAGCAUUCUUUUCCUUCUAUACAAUGUUUGUUUUAGGGGACAUGUUAAUUUUGUGGAUUUAGAAUAUCUUAUAUAUAUAUAUAAUUUCUGAACCAUAUAUCUUUGAAUUUCGGUUGAGAUGAUUUAGUUUUAUAGCUUGUAACUUCUUAAAAGUGUUUGAGAACAUGCAUAUUAGGUUGAGAAAUUUUUUGUUGGUUUGUAUCAGUGAAAUUCUUGGUGGCAUUUCCAGAAAAGAAUUUCCCUUUUAAUGCUUAACCCCUAAUUGUUAAAAGAACAUCCAGUUCUCAUGUUAGUUAAAUAAGAAAAAAAAAAAAAGCUAAUGAACUAUGUAAAGUUAAAACAGAAAUUGUUCAAAUAAUUACCUUCUUUAGUUAUUGACCCAAGAACUAGUUUUCUUGGUUGAACUUUAAUAUGCCACAAUGUUUAUAUUCUUGAUACCUUUUCAGUUUACAAUUCUUAUUUUUUUCAAAUAUCAUAGUGUUGGCUGAAAUUUGAAAC